AAGUGUGGACCAUAAUGAGGCUCUCGUCACUUGGACCUUUUAUUCCAGCAAUGAGGAAUUACCAUCUUCCGACAAUGUUUUUAUAACGUAUCUACAGAUAAUCGUUCAAAAAGCAGUAGCCUACAGCCUAGCUGUAAGCAUAUUCAAACCAGGGAGCCAAAUGAACGGCUCUUUCACACAUGCGAUUUGGUUCCCGACGCUCACCAAAAAGAUCCGUUCGAAACGAGUCGUUAAUUCGCGAACGACCAAUCACUAGCUCAUACUAGAAAGCAGAGGACACAUUAGAAAGGCUCGCACUGGGAGGAUGCGAGGAGCUACCAGCCACUGUUACCGCUGACACACACAUACGAACCGCCAGCGAGAGGACCACUGACCCAGCACGCAGGGCGCAGCCUCUAUGCUGGGCAAAAGAGUGGCCGUGGGUGGUGUGUGUGGGGAUUUCUAAAUGAUUUCUUAUACGCUCUUUCUCUAACACCAUGGUGCUGGGCAAGGUGAAGACUUUAGCCGUCUGCUUCGACUAUCUCAACGACAACAAUGUUCCCGUUUACUCCGGUGGUGAUUCGGUAUCCGGGAGGGUGAUCAUCGAAGUCGCAGGCGAGGUUCGCGUCAAAACGCUGAACAUAACCGCCAGAGGAGUAGCCAAGGUGCGGUGGACAGAGUCCCGCAACGCUGGGGCCAACACUGCCUACACUCAGAAUUACACCGAGGAGGUGGAAUACUUAAACCAUAGCGACACGUUAAUAGGAGAGGAGAGAGAUGAAGACAGUCCAGAGGAGGCCCUGACUGUUCUCAACACAGGAUUACACGAGUUCGCGUUCAGCUUCCUGCUACCACAGAUGCCCCUGGCCACGUCGUUUGAAGGGAAGCAUGGUAGUGUGAGGUACUGGGUGAGAGCAGAGCUCUACAGACCAUGGCUGCUGCCUGUCAGAGUCAAGAAAGAGUUCACUGUCUUUGAACACAUUGACAUCAACACACCACUGCUACUGGCCCCUCAAGCUGGCACUAAGGACAAGACCCUGUGUUGCUGGUUCUGUGCCUCAGGACCCAUCUCACUCAGCGCCAAGAUAGAGAGGAAAGGAUACACACCAGGUGAGUCCCUCCAGAUCUUUGCGGAGGUGGAGAACUGUUCGUCCAGGGUGGUGGUGCCCAAGGCAGCGCUGUGCCAGACCCAGACCUACUUCGCUAAGGGCAAGGCUCGACAGCUCCAACAGCAGGUGGCGGCCCUGCGUGGGGACACCCUGUCCCAGGGGAAGAGCCAGAGCUGGGAUGGAAAACUGCUCCACAUACCCCCGGUCUCCCCAUCCAUCCUGGACUGUCCACUCAUUAGAGUGGAGUACUCACUGAUGGUGUAUGUGGACAUCCCUGGGGGGUUGAACCUGUCUCUGUCGUUGCCGUUGGUGAUAGGGACCAUCCCUCUCCACGCAUUCACCAGUCGAACCAGCAGCAUCAGCAGCUACUGUUGUACCGUCAGCUGGCCAGAGAGACCUGAGGCUCCCCCCAGCUACAGUGACCUGGCGGUGACAGAUGAGCAGAGGCGAGGCUGUUUGGAGCGCUGUGAGGGGUCAGAGGUCAACCAAGAGGGCCAGGGAACGCUGCAAGCUUACAUCACAGAGUUCAGAUUCCAGCCCCCACCUCUUUACUCAGAGGUUGACCCUAACCCAGAGCCGAGCUGUGGAGGUCAGGAGACCCGACCCCUGACCCUCUCGCUGAGGACAACACUGACCUGCUCAGAGCAAACAGGCAACUACACAUACAGGUGAAUCCAACAUGGCCACCAUUAUAGCCCCCUACUGGAGCCAGUCACCUACAGAUGGAUCCAACAUGGCCACUGCUACAGACCCCUGAAGUGGGACCAACAUGGCCGUCUCAUCCUUAGUUUCCUCAGGAUGGGGUCCAUUGAUGUUAACAGACACAGGGAUGUCAGCUGUGAGAGACACUGUGUGGAGAGGCCAGGAGACGCCUCAGUCUGACCAACAUGGCGGUUUUCUGCUGGUCAGGAUGAACAGAUAGUGCCUAGACACAGCUUCAGAUACAUAUCACCAUUACAUGGCACAUCUAAGACUAGAAAGGAGAAGAGAGGAAGAAGAAAAGGGAGAGAACCCACUGUUGGACUGUUGGAAACAGUGGUCAGGAAUCUCCUCCAGCCUCAGAGUGAAUUUUGCACAUGCCUUUCUCGUUGUUUGUCUACUGAACUUCCACAGCUUUUCUUCCUCAACGCUCAUAUAUGCUGCAACGUGGCCGUCGUCUUCUUACCACCGUUACCACGUAACCCGAAACCGAACACAGACUCUUUUAGAACAAACUAGGAAACAAAUGAAAAUAGACAUUUUUUAUUUUUUAGAUGUGUUCAUGUGUCUUGGGUUUCUUGACUGGGGAAUGUCGUGCAUGGUGAAAUGACCAGUGUGUGACAGACACAGGUAAAGCACUCACUCCCCACUCUUGUCUUUCUGGGUUCUUUCCUCACUACACCCUCCACAGAUACAGUGCCCUGCAAAUCACCUGUUUGAUUGUAGUAUAUGGACAUGUGACACAGAGAGAAGCUCUGUGUCACAUAAGAUGGAGAGCAACAGAAGGAUGUAAAAAAAAAAACAUGUUUUAAAAAAAAAAGAUCAAUUGUGGUUUUGAAAAUAAAAUGAGUCCAACCGAGAUUGUAAUUCAAAGAUUAGCUCUACUUCCAGUCUAAAAUAUUUUUGUAUUUGUUGUUUUUCUAUGUUUGUGUACGCAACACUAUUAUUGCCAUGACGGAAAUGACUGCAAUCACGAUCUUCCUUUGUAUGAAAUAAAGAAGCCCUUUUGUAGA